AGAUAACCUGUUUUGUUAUGGAUGAUCUCUGAUAAUCUACGAAGGAACGUGUUUUCUUUAGCAUCCAGCUAAUUUUCCUCAACAACGUACUCUAGAUUCUCCCUCGGAAGAACCUUCCUUCCUUUGUCAGUUUUGAUUAGCAUCAGAAUUCUGGGAAAUGCAUGUUGUUUAAUGGUACUACAUGGAACAUUACCAAUAGCAACUCUUAAAGUGUAUGAGACAAGAAAUUUAAACAACAAGUAAAAUUUGUUUUGAAUAUUAGAUUCAUACAUCAGCAAUGAAAUCUGGUUGUAGUCCUUCAAGAUAUUGUAUUUAAUUUAUAACAGAUUUAUUCAGUAAUUAUUUGGAAACAAUUUUGUGUUAAGAGUUGUGAAUUGAAUUAACACUUGUCAUUACAGAACAGGACAGGACAUAAGGCUAAAAUGAAUCCAGAACAUUCUUUAGAAUUUCCUUUGAAAAGUGAAACUGAAGGUGCAUUAUCACUACCUUCCAUAAAUCAAGAAAACAUCAACUUGGCUGCCUGUAGUGGAACCAGUGAUGGAGACUUUUUGUCUCUGGGUCCAUUGAUGGACAUCAAAAUAGAACUAGAGGAAUUCUGUGAGUCUAAUGAAGAUGAUGAAUAUUCAUAUGAAAUGAAUUCAAUAGUGAAUGAAAAACUUCCACAAACUUGCAAAAAAGAAGUAAAACAAGAAAGAAGGAUCUGUGACAAUGGAGAGAAGCCUUUCAUAUCUACUGACUGUGAGAAAGCAUUUUACAAGAAAAUUAAUCUUACAAAUGAUAUCACAAAUCCUGUCAGAGAGAAAUUCAUAUGCAAUUACUGUGGGAAAGCAUUUCCCAGGAAAGAUCUUCUUACAGUUCAUAGGAGAGUCCAUGCAGGAGAGAAGCCGUUCAUGUGCAGGGAAUGUGGGAAAUCAUUUUCCCGGAAACCAGAUCUUACAAGGCAUAUGAGAAUCCAUACAGGAGAGAAGCCAUUCAUGUGCAAAGAAUGUGGGAAAGGAUUUUCACAGAAAUCAAGUCUUAAAAGUCAUAUGAGUAUCCAUACCGGAGAGAAGUCAUUCAUGUGCAAGGAAUGUGGGAAAGCAUUUUCCCAGAAACCAAGUCUUACAAGACAUAUGAGAAUCCACACUGGAGAGAAGCCAUUCAUGUGCAAGGAAUGCGGGAAAACAUUUUCCAAGAAAUCAAAUCUUACAAGUCAUAUGAAAAUCCACACUGGAGAGAAGUCAUUCAUGUGCAAGGAAUGUGGGAAAGCAUUUCCCCAUAAAUCAAAUCUUACAAGUCAUAUGAGAAUCCAUACCGGAGAGAAGCCAUUCAUAUGCAAUGAAUGCAGGAAAGCAUUUUCCCAGAAAUCAAGUCUUACACGUCAUAUGAGGUUGCAUGCUGGAGAGGAAAAAGAAACAGCAUGAUAAAAUAAACCAUUUAAGGGCAGACAUCUCUCUCAAAUGACCAACUAUAUGACAGAUCAAAAUCACUCACAAAAUCUGCUCAAGAAAAUAAGGAAAAUAAAGAAAAAAUACAGAAUAUGGAAUGAACAAAUGAGUGGAAA